AGAAUUAGUGUUCGGACCGAUUGGGGCGUUGCUUGAUGUCUUCAUGAUCGUGGAAACUCCUUCGAUCCCCGUUCAGUUUUACUGAUCAAGAAAUCCGAAGAGAUACAGUGACGGGAGACUGUCAAGAGUCUGAAGAAAAGAGUUACCAAGUUAUCAUCUUACCACGCUCUCAUCUCUGAAAAAUUCGCUCACCUCGUGUCCCACCUUGUACCAAUAUAAAAAGAAAGUCCUAUCCACACACACACACACACAAAAGACACGACUCACAACAGCAGAAAGCAGAAAACAAGUUUGCUCAUGGAGGAUCCGAGAAUUAGUCCGGUGAAGCCGAGAUUGGGCCGUGAAAUCAUCCUCUUCCUACUUCCCUUGCAAGGCCACAUAACUCCAAUGCUUCAGCUCGCGAACAUCCUCUACUCUCGAGGCUUCUCCAUCACCAUAGUCCACACCCACUUCAACUCUCCUAAAUCCUCCAACUACCCUCACUUCAACUUCCAACCGAUCCCGGACGGCUUGCUAGAGGGCCAGGCCUCGACCGUGGACUUCAUAGCUCUCUUGAUGCUGAUGAACGUUACUUGCGUGGGGCCGUUCCGAGACUGCUUGUCUAAGCUGUUGUCUGAUGCUUCAAAGGAUCGGAUUCCGUGCUGCUUGAUAACAGAUCCGGUGUGGCACUUCACUCAGGCGGUUGCCGAUGAGCUUAACUUCCCAAGGAUGGUGCUGCGGACUAGCAGCAUCUCGUCUUUUCUCGCUUUUUGCGCAUUGCCGCUCAUGCAAGAGAAGGGUUACCUCCCGAUUCAAGAUUCCCGGUUAGAGGAAGCAGUGCCCGAACUUCCUCCGCUCAAAGUGAAAGACCUUCACGUCAUCAACUCCAAAGACCCCGAGGAUGUCCUCAGGCUCAUCAUCGCCAUGGCCGAAACCAUGCGGGCCUCUUCAGGCCUCAUCUUCAACUCCUUCGAAGAGCUCGAACCGACCAAACUGGCUGAAUGUCGCCGGGGCUUCCCUGUCCCGAUCUUCACGGUUGGCCCAAUCCACAAGCUCUCCGCAGCGUCAUCAGGCAGCUUGUUUCCUCAAGAUAGGAGCUGCAUUUCGUGGCUUGACAAGCAAGAAAGGCCCAAAUCGGUCCUCUAUGUGAGCUUCGGGAGCCUCUCAAUAGUCAGCGAGGCCCAAUUCCUGGAAAUAGCCUGGGGACUUGCGAACAGCGGCCAGCACUUCCUUUGGGUGGUCCGGCCCGGGUCAGUCCGUGGCUCGGAAUGGCUUGAGGUGCUACCAAGUGGGUUCCUAGAGGGCCUGGACGGGAGGGGCUACAUCGUGAAGUGGGCCCCGCAGCAUGGGGUCCUGGCCCACCCCGCUGUCGGUGGGUUCUUGACGCACAACGGGUGGAACUCGACGCUGGAGGCCAUCUGCGAGGGUGUGCCGAUGAUGUGCAUGCCAUUCCACGGGGACCAGAGGGUGAACGCAAGGUAUGUAAACAACGAGUGGAGAGUCGGGCUGCAUUUGGAAUACAAGGUGGAGAGGAAAGAGAUUGAGGAUGCGAUUAGGAAAUUGAUGGCGAGCGAUGAGGGAGAGGAGAUGAGGGAGAAAAUUAAGGCUUUGAAGAGGAAGGCAGACGAGAGUCUCCAGGAUGGUGGCUCUUCAUGCCAGUCUCUUCAGAAAUUGACAGAGUACUUGGUCUCGUUCUAGGAAAUUUUUAGCUUCUCUAUUGCUAUUUUUGAAUAACGAUCUUGAUGGGAUUUUCGGAAUGUUGAUUCAUUGUAGGGGGCAAUUGAACUUCGGUUGGUGAAGACUUGAUCAUUGACUUCUUGAUUGAAUGCACUAUUCUUGUUUCUUCACUCCA